AUGGCCGACUCAACGAUUUACGACGCGCUCAUUAUUGGCGGUGGCCCAGCCGGGCUCAGUGCCUCGCUACCCAUCAUCCGCCAGCAGUUCUCUGUCGUCAUUUUUGAUGAGGGGAAGUCGCCCAUUGACCCAAGCAAACGCUUACAUCUCAUUCCCAGCUGGGACCACCAGGACAAGGAUCUCUUCGCGACGUCUGCGAAAGAUAACCUGUCCCGAUAUGAGACGCUACGGUUUGAGCGCACGACGAUCGAACGAGUGAGGAAGGUAGAGAAAUAUCUCUUUGAAGUCGAGGACUCAAAGGGACAAAAGUGGAAGGGAAAGAAAGUAGUUCUGGCGAAUGGGGUCCGCUACAUUCUGCCGGACAUCGAAGGGUACGCGGAUUGCUGGGGGAAGGGCAUAUAUCGCUGUUGCUUCUGCAAUGCAUUUGAAGAUCGCGGCGCUAAUUCAGUUGGAGUGUUGGCGGUCGAUGGAUUCGCAUCUGUCCCUAUGGCACUCCACGCCGCGCAAGACUUCAAAAGGUUUGCGAAGCAAGUGACGAUAUACACACACGGCUCUGAGUCGCUCGCGGAAGAACUGGCCGCAGCCAUUACCAACCCUGAGAAGGUGAAGAUAAAGACUUCCAAGAUCAAAUUGUUGGACAAAACGGGAGCCGGGGGCGAGUGCACUGUGCAUCUUGAAGAUGGCAGCUCGCAUGUCGAAGGAUUCCUCGGACAUAUUCCCGCGACAAAGCCAAACGGGCCCUUUGUUGAGGAUUUGGGGGUGGAGCUAGACGAGCAGGGCGAUGUCAAGGCCGUGCCGCCGCUAAAUGCGACCAACGUUCACGGAGUAUAUGUUGCAGGCGACCUGUGUAGUUUUUCGAAGAUAACGUCGCACGCAUUCUAUCUUGGGAAUAUAGCUGGGGCGGGUGUAGCCGAAGAGCUGCUAGCGGAGUCAUAA